UGACGUCAGAGCGGCCAUUAGGCACAGCCGGAGAGGCAGGGACAGAGGAGGCUGUAGUCUUCGCGUUUCUCACUAAUUUUUUAUAAUAAUUCCUUCUCUUUGGGACUGACAUUUGUAGGGCUAUCGGAUAGCACGGAGUCGGGGAGUUUGUGUAGCGUGUACUUUGUUCUGUGGGGGUAUUUUUUUUUUCUUUUAAAUUAUCUGUUUAAUAACAAUCAGAAAUGGACGAAAAGGCGUUCACGAAGGAAAUAGAUCAGUGGAUCGAGCAACUGAAUGAAUGCAAGCAGCUAACAGAAAGCCAAGUCAAAACGCUUUGCGAAAAGGCUAAAGAAAUCUUAACAAAAGAAUCAAAUGUCCAGGAGGUGCGAUGUCCAGUCACAGUCUGUGGAGACGUCCACGGGCAGUUUCAUGACCUUAUGGAACUAUUCAGAAUCGGAGGCAAAUCACCAGACACAAACUACCUUUUCAUGGGCGACUAUGUUGACAGAGGUUAUUAUUCUGUGGAAACAGUCACGCUGCUUGUAGCUCUUAAGGUUCGAUAUCGUGAACGCAUCACAAUCCUUCGAGGGAAUCAUGAAAGCCGACAGAUCACACAAGUAUAUGGUUUUUAUGACGAGUGCUUAAGGAAAUACGGUAACGCAAACGUUUGGAAAUACUUCACAGACCUCUUCGAUUAUCUUCCUCUAACUGCCUUGGUAGACGGUCAGAUUUUCUGUCUCCAUGGAGGGCUGUCACCGUCUAUAGAUACACUGGAUCACAUCCGAGCCCUUGAUCGUUUACAGGAAGUUCCACAUGAGGGUCCAAUGUGCGACUUACUCUGGUCAGAUCCAGAUGACCGUGGUGGUUGGGGAAUCUCUCCGCGAGGUGCUGGUUACACCUUUGGUCAGGAUAUUUCUGAAACUUUUAAUCAUGCCAAUGGCCUUACCUUGGUCUCACGAGCUCAUCAACUGGUAAUGGAGGGGUACAACUGGUGUCAUGAUCGCAAUGUGGUAACCAUUUUCAGUGCACCAAAUUACUGUUAUCGCUGUGGCAACCAGGCUGCAAUAAUGGAACUCGAUGACACUCUUAAAUACUCCUUCUUGCAGUUUGACCCUGCACCUCGCAGAGGAGAGCCCCAUGUGACACGUCGCACUCCUGAUUACUUCCUGUAAAACCGAAUCUUCAAAUCUGUACAGUAUUGCCAUAAGUUACAUACGGUCUGCCUAAACGAGAUGGGUGAAGAGCAACAGUAAUUUCAAAUUGUCCAGUUAACCAACCUUAUUUAAACAUUCAGAAACUCACUGUACAAGGACCAAAAGGUGUGCCAUAUUUGAAAUACAAAAGCCUCAGUGUGAGAAGACCAUGCUCAUUUAAGACUGCACCAAUUCCUCCGUGCAUGAUGUUCCGAGAACUUCGUUUUUAUCGUCAGGUCAACAAACCAGCGUUUCUGGCCUAUUACAGUUUGUAGUUACUUUUGUUUUGUCUAAGAGAUUGAAAAAACAAAAAACAAAGUAAUAAUGAUAACUUUCCAUAUAGCUAUAGGUUUACUCAGCAUGACUGUAGAUACAAGAUAGCAGUAAACAACCAUUGGAGCUUAAAGAACAUUUUAAAACCAAUACAAACCAAGGCCUCCUUUACUUGUGUGAAAUACUUAAAUAGUUUUUUUAAUUUUCAGGAAAUUCUGUUCUUUUUAAUCCUGAUUUUUGUCUGCAUUCUCCUUGUGUUUUUUUUUUUGUUAGCUUUUUUUUUUUCAAUUGUUUGUUACAGGGUUCAUACUUGAUUAGAAUAACUUUCCACUCAACCUGUCUUUUCUGAAAUUCUGCUUCAGAGAUGUCCUGCAUUUCUUCCCAUAAUAAACUUGUGAACCAAGUGCUUAAACAUGUCUGGUUUACUUGUAUGGGAGAGAAUGCUGAAUGCCAUUAUUUAAAUGGAAACACUAACACUUUUUGAUGGGUUUAUGUCUGUAUUGAAGGCUCCAGGUGAAUAAUAUUAAAGACAAGUUGUUCCUUCUGAAAA